GGGGAGGGCGGGGCCUUAAGGGGACGGCUUGGCUCGUCCCGCCCCGCCCCGCCCGGCGCCCGCGCAGCCGGACUCCCGGGCUCUCGACGCGCCGACGGCGGGCUGCAAGGACCGACUGCCCCGCGGGCCUCUCAGGACCAUGGUGCUGCUAUGGGAACCUGCAGGAGUGUGUCUGGCCCUGGCCCUGGCUGUGGCCCUGGCCCCAAGCCUAGGGGUGGCAGUUCCAUGGCAGGACUGCACAGGUGCGGAGUGCCCACCUCUAGAGAACUGCAUCGAGGAGGCACUGGAGCCGGGUGCCUGCUGUGCCACAUGUGUGCAGCAGGGCUGUGCCUGUGAGGGCUACCAGUACUAUGACUGCGUGCAAGGUGGCUUCAUGGAUGGCCGCGUGCCUGCUGGCCAGUCCUACUUCGUGGACUUUGGCAGCACUGAGUGCUCCUGCCCACCGGGUGGUGGCAAGAUCAGCUGCCAGUUCAUGCUGUGUCCUGAGCUGCCACCCAACUGCAUCGAGGCCUUGGUGGUAGCUGACAGCUGUCCUCAGUGUGGCCAGGUGGGCUGUGUCCAUACUGGCCGUAAGUAUGCUGCUGGCCAUACUGUCCAACUGUCAUCCUGCCGGGCCUGCCACUGCCCUGAUGCCGGUGGUGAGCUCAUCUGCUACCAGCUCCCUGGUUGUCAUGGGAAUUUCUCAGAGGCUGAGGAGGGAGACUCAGAACGGCAGUAUGAAGACCCCUAUAGCUAUGACCAGGAGGUGGCUGAGGCAGAAGCCACUGCAGGCCUGGCAGACGAGGUCCAGACAGGUGAGGUCCAGGCAGGUGCAGGGGGCCCUCCUGUUGCUCUGGGAGGUGGGAAUAUGCCACCAUCCCCCAUCCGGGCAACUUCCUGGCCUGCUGCCCUCCUCAGACCUACGGCAGCUGCUGCUCUGGGUCCCCCAGCUCCUGUGCAAGCCAAAGCCAGGAGAGUGACAGAGGACACUGAAGAGGAAAAAGAGGACGAGGUGGUAGAGAUAGUGGUCACUGAGCCACCAUCAGCAGGUGGCCCCAGGAGACCGGACAGCAUGCUCAUCACCACCCCAGCCGGACCCAGCCUCUCUGUCCAGGAGAAGGGGGCUGAAGCCAAGGCAGGGCCUGAGGAGAACCUCAUUCCUGAUGCUCAGGCCAAACCUCGCAGUGUGGGGCAAGAGGGUGCUGUACCACUCCCUGGGUCAGGUCUGGCUGGUCUCAUCCCUUCACUGGCCACAUCCAGCUCUCUAGGAGAACCAGUGAGGCCCAGCAGUCAUCCCAUCCUAACUACAUUGCCGCCAGAUGGAGUCCAGGUCUCACCUACCCCAGAGGUAUCUGAAGUACCCCAGCAUUCACAGGUGCUGCCCCAUGCCCAGACAGAAGAGGACACAGACCCCAACUCUGUGCAUUCUGUCCCCAGAGUUGGCCCUGAAGACUCCACCAAGGAUCUGAUUGAGACAUGCUGUGCAGCUGGCCAGCAGUGGGCCAUCGACAACGAUGAGUGCCAGGAGAUUCCAGAGAGCAGUAUGGAGGGGGAUACCUGCAGGAUAGCCCAGAGGCACUGCUGCAUCUCUUACCUGAAGGAGAAGAGCUGUGUGGCCGGCGUCAUGGGGGCCAAGGAGGGCGAGACCUGUGGGGCUGAAGACGAUACCUGUGGUGUCUCCUUGUACAAGCAAUGCUGUGACUGCUGUGGCUUGGGACUGCGUGUACGGGCUGAGGGCCAGUCGUGUGAGUCCAACCCCAACCUGGGCUAUCCCUGCAACCACGUCAUGCUCUCCUGCUGUGAGGGUGAAGACCCUCUCAUUGUGCCUGAGGUCCACCGGCUACCAGAGCCCGAGGCUGCCCCUCGAAGAGUUUCAGAGGUGGAGAUGGCGAGCCCAGAGGCCUUGUCUCUGAGCACAGAGGCUGAACUGCCCAACAGCCUACCGGGAGAUGACCAGGAUGAGUGCCUGUUGCUCCCGGGAGAGCUGUGCCAGCACCUGUGCAUCAACACCGUGGGCUCCUACCGCUGCGCCUGCUUUCCCGGUUUUGUGCUGCAGGAUGAUGGUCGUACCUGCCGCCCAGAUGGAGAUGUCCCACAGCCGGACAUCGCACGGGAGUCAGCACCAAGGCCUGAAUCUGCCCAGGUAUCCCCCAACACCAUCCCACUGCCUGUGCCACAGCCUAACACUUGCAAAGACAACGGGCCCUGCCGCCAGGUGUGCCGCAUCGUUGGGGGUGCGGCCAUGUGCUCCUGCUUCCCUGGCUACGCUAUCAUGGCGGAUGGCAUGUCCUGUGAAGACCAAGACGAGUGCCUGAUGGGUACUCAUGAUUGUAGCCGGCGACAGUUCUGUGUGAACACCCUGGGAUCCUUCUACUGUGUCAACCACACAGUGCUGUGUGCAGAGGGCUUUAUCCUCAAUGCACACAGGAAAUGCGUGGACAUCAACGAGUGCGUGACAGAUCUGCACACGUGUGCCCGGGCUGAACACUGUGUGAACACAGUGGGUUCCUUUCACUGCUACAAGGCACUCACCUGUGAGCCUGGCUAUGCCCUCACAGAUGGGGAGUGCUCAGAUGUGGACGAGUGUGUGACAGGCACGCACAACUGCCAGCCAGGCUUCUCCUGCCAAAACACCAAGGGCUCCUUCUACUGCCAGGCUCGACAGCGCUGCAUGGAUGGCUUCCUGCAGGACCCUGAGGGCAACUGCGUGGACAUUAAUGAGUGCACAUCGCUGCUGGAGCCCUGCCGCCCUGGCUUCAGCUGCAUCAACACAGUGGGCUCCUACAUGUGCCAGAGGGACCCACUGGUCUGUGGGCGCGGCUACCACGCCAAUGAGGAUGGCUCUGAAUGUGUGGAUGUGAAUGAGUGUGAGACAGGUGUGCAUCGCUGUGGUGAGGGCCAAGUGUGCCACAACCUCCCUGGCUCCUACCGUUGUGACUGCAAGGCUGGCUUCCAGCGAGAUGCCUUUGGCAGGACCUGCAUCGAUGUGAAUGAGUGCUGGGCCUCACCAGGCCGCCUGUGCCAGCACACGUGUGAGAAUACUCUGGGCUCCUACCGCUGCUCCUGUGCCUCCGGCUUCCUGCUUGCUGCAGACGGCAAGCACUGUGAAGACGUGAACGAGUGUGAGGCCCGGCGCUGCAGCCAGGAGUGUGCCAACAUCUAUGGUUCCUACCAGUGCUACUGCCGCCAGGGUUACCAGCUGGCAGAGGAUGGGCACACCUGCACAGACAUUGAUGAGUGUGCACGGGGCGCUGGCAUUCUCUGCACCUUCCGCUGUGUCAACGUGCUAGGGAGCUACCAGUGUGCAUGUCCGGAGCAGGGCUACACCAUGAUGGCUAAUGGGAGAGCCUGCAAGGACUUGGACGAAUGUGCACUGGGCACCCACAACUGCUCCGAAGCUGAGACCUGCCACAAUAUCCAGGGCAGCUUCCGCUGCCUGCGCUUUGACUGUCCACCAAACUACGUCCGUGUCUCGGAAACGAGGUGUGAGCGCACCACAUGCCAGGACAUCGCCGAGUGCCAGACCUCUCCAGCUCGCAUCACACACUACCAGCUCAACUUCCAGACAGGCCUGCUGGUGCCUUUCCACAUCUUCCACAUUGGCCCUGCACCUGCCUUUUCGGGGGACACCAUCUCUCUGACCAUCACUAAGGGCAACGAGGAGGGCUACUUUGCCACCCAUCAGCGUAACCCCUACACAGGCGUGGUAUCUCUGCAGAGGUCGGUGCUGGAGCCACGGGACUUCGCCCUGGAUGUGGAGAUGAAACUGUGGCGGCAGGGUUCUGUCACCACCUUCCUGGCCAAAAUGUACAUCUUUUUCACUGCCUUUGCCCCAUGAGGCACUGCAGGAGGCAGUCUCUCUAGGUGGUGCCUGGUGCCCAUGGCCACUGAGCCAUUCCUGGGUGACUUUUGUAUAACUCUGUAACUUAAGUCUGUUGACCUGGUCAGUCUUGGGUCACUUUCCUGGAGGGAAGGAGAUGAGUCCCACACAGGCACCAGGUAGAGGUCAGGUCACCCAGUGCCCUGUAGGUGGAGGGUAGAGGCCUGACCAUGUCCUGCAGACUGGAAACAGUCACCUGGAUGGGACUUCUGGACUCCACAGCAUGAUCUGUAUCCCUAGAACUGAUAUUCUAGUCCUGAUUACACUAUAAUUAGUUCUUCACUUAAAAAAAAAAAAAAGAAAGCAUCUGGGCAUUGUGGCGCACACAUUUAAUCCCAGCACUGGGGAGGCAGAGGCAGGUGGAUCUCUGAGAGUUUAAGGCCAUCCUGGUCUACAUAGCAAGUUCUAGGCCAUCUGGGUUAUGUAGCGAGAACUUGUCUCAAAAAUUUUUUGUUGUUGUUUAAGAGUAGUACAUAUAUGCAUUGUUUAAAAAAUGAUCAAAUAGCACAAAAGGAUUAUUCAAUAAAGUAAAACUCCUCUUU